AUGCCGAUGGGCCUGUUGAAUGCGCCGGCGACGCAUCAACGCCGGGUCAACGAAGCCCUGUCUAGUCUCAUCGGCAAGCCUACCUUGACGACAUCGCUAUCUUCUUGAAUACCAUGGAGGAUCAUCAAACCCACGUCAAGGAGGUACUCUAGGCGCUGCGUCGGGCCGAUCUGUAUUGUUCGCCAAAGAAGACCGAACUUUUCGGACGUCUUGCGACUUUUUGGGGCAUGUCAUUUCGCGAAACGGGAUUGCAGCCGAUCAGUCGAAGGUGGAGCAAAUCGUGGAGUGGCCGUGUCUGCGGACUGUCACAGAGCUGCGGGGGUUUCUGGGCCUUGUUCAAUACUUGCGCAAGUUUAUCAAUGGUCUGGCCCAACGUACCAAACCUCUGGCGGAUUUAACGUCGAAGAACGCCAAUGUCCAACUCAUGUGGGGUGCCGAGCAAGAGCGACACUUCAAUGCCAUAAAGGCCAUCGUCACCUUGCUGCCAUGCCUCAAGCCGAUCGACCACACGGAUUCCGCCGAUCCCCUCUGGGUUAUGACGGACGCAAGGAACGUUGGGAUAGGCGCCGUGUUGCUUCAGGGGCAGGAUUGGCGCAAGGCACACCCGGUGGCGUAUUGGUCUCGACAGUACAUCAGUGCGGAGGUCGACUACCCGACCCAUGAACAGGAGCUUUUGGCGGUCGUGGACGCCCUGCGUCAGUGGCGAGUCAAAUUGAUGGGCGUCCACUUCAAUGUCCUUUCUGAGCACGAAUCGCUGAAGUACCUCAAGACGCAGGAAAAUCUAUCAAAGCGUCAGGCUCGCUGGGUCGAACGUCUAGCCGACUACGAUUUCGACAUCACCUACAUUCCGGGAGGCGAGAACACCGUGGCAGACGCGAUGAGCCGGUACUCUUUCCCGCAGGGGGAGCCUGAUUCCGUACAGGCGGUUUCGGAGAUGGACAUCGACACACAGCUGCGGGGCCGCCUUGUGGAGGGCUAUGACUCCGAUCCCUUUUGCCAGCAGGUGUCAUGGUUGGGAGCCCAUGACAGCUAAAGGGCUCAGUUCGUGAUCAAGUUUCAUCUUGAUUACUGUUCCCUUUUGGUGGCCUAUGUGGCUAGGGCUCCAGUCUAAUAAAAAUAACUGAGAUAAAGUCUGACCCUGACAGCAGGUCAAGCGCAAUCUCGACUCGUCGCCGGGGUUCUCUUGUGUGGAUGGGGUGCUGUAUUUCGAGGGUAGGAUGGUUGAACCUGCGGUGCCACAGCUUUGGGAGGACAUCUUACACAACGCUCACGACGCGCUGGGUCACUUCAGCCCGCGCAAGACCUUCCAUCAGGUGUCUCGGACUUUCUUCUGGCCACGGCUGCGAACAUCAUGCGACACCUAUGUUUCAACAUGUGAUGUGUGCCAACGUACCAAAGCAACAACCACGGGCGUGUCGGGGGUAUUGCAUGCAUUGGUGGUGCCGGAUGGGCUGAUGCAGGAGGUGGCUCUCAAUUUUGUGGGCCCCCUGCCCAAGAGCCAGGGGUUCGACAUGCUCCUCACUAUCACCGAUUGUUUAUCGGGCUACACGCGCUUGAUAACUAGCCGUGUUAAACUGAACAACGAUGUGCUGAACAAGUUGGCGGCAGGGACGAUCCAAUGA